AACCUUAAAACUUUUAAUUUUAGCUAAUCUAUCACUUACAGUGGUAGCUUAGAUUUCAAGAACCCAUCAUCAUCAAUACCUCAAAAUCACCACUGAUUCGUCAGAAAUUAGUUCGUGCUCGUCGUUUGUUCGUUGUAGGGUCGCUCUCAAAAGCUCGAUCUCGCACCAGAACCUACCCAAAAGGAAAAAAUCCGAAGCAUUCUGCUCUUGAAACGACGACGUAAAAGGGGAAAUGGGUAGCCGGGGCUCCAUGAAUCACCGGCUGCCAUCGUCGUCUUCGAGCUUCGGCAGCCGGGUUUCGUUCUUGAUGCUUUCAAUGUUUGCUACCAUGGCUUCCGUUUAUGUAGCGGGAAGAUUGUGGCAGGACGCGGAGAACCGAGUUUAUUUGGUUAACGAGCUUGAUAAGAGAACUGGCCAGCAUCUGCUGAAUAUAAAAGCUAAGGGAAAGUCUUCUGUAUCUGUUAAAGGCACAUUAAAAAUCAUUGCUUGCAGGGAAAACCAGAAGAAGUUAGAUGCUCUUCAUGUGGAUCUUGAAAAGGCUAAGCAGGAAGGAUUUGUGACUAAGCAUCGAACCGAUGGAACUUCAAAGAAAAAACUUUUGGCUGUGAUAGGGAUAAUAACAAUGUUUGGACGCAAGAACAACCGAGAUGCAAUUCGAAAGGCCUGGAUGCCUACUGGGAUACUUGACAUAGGUGAUGCUCUCAAGAAUCUGGAAGAAGAGAAAGGCAUUGUAAUACGAUUUGUGAUAGGCAAAAGAGUGAUUUGGUUUACUAAUUUUAAGCAUCAUUGCAGUGCGAAACAGGGUGACAGCUCAGACAGGGAAAUCGAGAAUGAAAACAUGCAGGCUAAUGACUUCAUAAUUCUUGAAAAUCACGUGGAGGCUCCCGAGGAGCGUUCAAGGAAGACAAAAUCGUUCCUAGUCCAUGCCGUGGACCACUGGAAUGCUGAAUUCUAUGUUAAGGUCAAUGAUGAUGUUUAUGUUAAUAUUGAUGCUCUUGGAGCUUUGCUCGCAAAUCAUUUGGACAAACCUCGCGUGUACAUUGGAUGCAUGAAGUCAGGAGAAGUUUUCUCUCAGCCGAAACACAAAUGGUACGAACCUGACUGGUGGAAAUUUGGCGAUGGGAAAUCAUACUUCCGGCAUGCAUCGGGUGAAGUAUUUGCUAUAUCCCGGGCAUUAGCUCAGUUCAUUUCAAUUAACAGAUUGAUCCUCCAAACUUAUGCCCAUGAUGAUGUCAGCGUGGGGUCAUGGUUCAUUGGGCUCGACGUGAAGCAUGUCGAUGAAGGGAAAUUUUGCUGCACAUCCGAGUCAUCAGGAGCCAUUUGUGCUUCCGCCUGAGUAGUUUGUGAAAACGCAAAACCGAAACAAAAUCGUUUAAAGGUAUUGUCAAGGGAUUCAAGAGGUUACCCGUUUUUUGUCGCUAGAAUUGAUUAGAAGUGUCAUUGUUCGACUCGUAGAAGCUUAGGGAACUCAAUUCAUCUACACGUGCUUUUGAGUUUUGAGACGAGAGAAAAACGACGAAUUAUUCAUAUAUGUUGCAAAAGAGUGUGUGACCGAUCAAUUUCACUGUCAUUGAUCUGUAUUUUAGAGUACAUGAUUGCAACAUCACUGGAUUUUUCCU